AUGAAUAAAACGGAUUCUUAUGAGAUGUUUGUGGAGAUGGAUAAAAUCGAUGGGGAAAUGGACGUGGCGAUUAAAAAAAAGAAGAAAAUCAAGAAAAAAGAGAGAUUAGAAAACAUGAAGAGAGAGAUGGACAUCGAUGACCAUGAGAUCACAAUAGAGGAACUAGAGAUGAGAUACUCAACAAGUAUUACCAAAGGUCUGUCCUCAACAUUUGCCCAGGAGGUCCUGGAGCGUGACGGUCCCAACGAGCUCAGACCACCAAAAGGGACGCCCGAGUACAUAAAAUUUGCCCGGCAGCUUGCCGGAGGGCUGCAGUGUCUGAUGUGGGUUGCAGCUGUAAUCUGCUUUAUUGCCUUUGGCAUUGAGUACAGCAAGGACGAAAUUGGCAGUUAUGACAAUCUUUAUUUGGCCAUCACCCUUAUUACAGUGGUCGUAGUGACUGGCUGCUUUGGCUACUACCAGGAAUUCAAGAGCACCAACAUCAUUGCUAGUUUUAAGAAUCUAGUACCACAGCAAGCCUUGGUGAUCAGAGAUGGACAGAAACAACAGAUUAACGCCAACACGCUAGUAGUGGGUGAUCUGGUGGAGAUGAAAGGAGGUGACAGAGUUCCUGCUGAUGUCCGUAUCAUCACUGCACAGAGUUUUAAGGUAGAUAAUUCCUCCCUGACUGGUGAGUCAGAGCCUCAGAGUAGGAGCCCGGAGUGCACUCAUGAGAGUCCACUGGAGACCCGCAACAUCGCCUUUUUCUCCACUACCUGCUUAGAGGGUGUAGCCACAGGGAUGAUCAUCAAUACUGGUGACCGCACCAUCAUUGGGCGCAUUGCUAGUCUAGCCUCUGGAGUGGGAAACGAGAAGACUCCAAUUGCCAUUGAGAUUGAGCAUUUUGUCGACAUCAUCGCUGGCCUGGCUGUAUUUUUUGGUUUUACCUUCUUUGUGGUAGCCAUGUUCAUUGGUUACCCCGUUCUAGAGGCCAUGAUCUUUUUCAUGGCUAUCAUGGUGGCCUACGUACCUGAGGGGCUUCUGGCUACUGUCACUGUAUGUCUGUCUCUAACAGCCAAACGCCUGGCUAGAAAGAACUGUGUGGUAAAGAAUUUGGAAGCUGUGGAGACUCUGGGAUCUACAUCAGUAAUCUGUUCAGAUAAAACUGGUACUCUUACACAGAACCGCAUGACCGUAGCUCACCUGUGGUUCGACAACAUGAUCCAUGCUGCAGAUACAACUGAGGACCAGUCAGGUCAGAGUUUUGACCAGUCUUCAGAAACGUGGAGGGCACUGGGACGAAUUGCCAGUCUGUGCAAUCGUGCAACAUUUAAAUCUAAUCAGGAAACAGUGCCUAUUCCCAAGAGAGAAGUAGUGGGUGAUGCUUCAGAGACGGCCCUGCUGAAGUUCACUGAACUAUCCAUAGGAAACAUUGUAGACUACAGGGCACGAUUCAAAAAGAUCAGUGAGUUACCAUUUAACUCCACCAACAAGUUUCAGCUGUCAAUACAUGAACUGGAGGACCCACUGGACUUGCGCUACCUUCUAGUAAUGAAGGGAGCACCAGAGAGAAUCCUGGAACGCUGCUCCACCAUUCUGAUUAAAGGCCAAGAGCUGCCACUGGACGAGCAGUGGAGGGAGGCUUUUCAAACCGCUUACAUGGACCUGGGAGGUUUGGGAGAAAGAGUCCUGGGUUUCUGUCACUUGUACAUGAAUGAGAAGGAGUUCCCUCGCGGCUACAACUUUGACCCCGAUGAAAUGAACUUCACCACGUCUGGAUUAUGCUUCUCUGGCCUCAUAUCCAUGAUUGACCCACCUCGUGCUACAGUCCCUGACGCUGUCAUGAAAUGUCGUACAGCUGGCAUUCGUGUUGUCAUGGUUACUGGUGACCACCCCAUCACAGCCAAAGCAAUUGCUGCAAACGUCGGUAUUAUAUCAGAAGGAAGCGAGACUGUAGAGGACAUUGCCACCAGAUUGCGCAUCCCUGUAGAGCAGGUCAGAAAGAGUGAUGCCCGUGCUUGUGUUAUAAAUGGAGGUCAGCUGAAGGAAAUGACCAGUGAUGAUCUGGAUGAAGCUUUGCGGAAUCACCCUGAGAUGGUGUUCGCCCGAACCUCGCCUCAACAGAAACUCAUCAUUGUUGAGAGUUGUCAGCGUUUGGGCUCGAUUGUGGCUGUAACAGGAGACGGGGUGAAUGAUUCUCCUGCACUUAAAAAGGCAGAUAUUGGUAUUGCCAUGGGCAUCGCUGGUUCUGAUGCUGCUAGAAAUGCUGCAGACAUGAUCCUGCUGGAUGAUAACUUUGCCUCUAUUGUAACAGGAGUUGAACAGGGUCGUCUUAUUUUUGAUAAUUUAAAGAAGUCCAUUGCGUACACUCUGACAAAGAACAUUCCUGAGCUGACUCCUUACCUCAUCUACAUCACAGUCAGUGUACCACUACCACUGGGCUGCAUCACCAUCCUCUUCAUCGAGCUUGCUACUGACAUUUUCCCAUCAGUAUCUCUAGCUUAUGAGAAAGCUGAGAGUGACAUCAUGCACCUAAAGCCCAGGAACCCACGCAAGGAUAGACUGGUGAAUGAAUCACUAGCUGCCUACUCGUACUUUCAAAUAGGAGCAAUUCAGUCGUUUGCAGGCUUUACUGAUUAUUUUGCAGCGAUGGCUCAGGAGGGUUGGUUCCCGCUGCUUUGUGUGGGCCUCCGUGCUCAGUGGGAAAAUGUUAGAAUACAGGACCUACAGGACAGCUACGGACAGGAAUGGACGUAUGAGCAGCGGCGGUAUCAGGAGUACACCUGUUACACUGUGUUCUUUGUCAGUAUUGAGAUCUGCCAGAUUGCUGACGUCUUAAUCAGGAAAACUCGCCGUUUGUCUGUCUUUAGGCAGGGCAUUUUGAGAAACAAGGUCCUUGUGGCUGCCAUAAUCUUCCAGCUGUGUAUCGGUAACCUUCUGUGCUACUGCCCAGGGAUGCCGAACAUCUUCAACUUCAUGCCUAUUAGGGUGCAAUGGUGGUUUGUGCCGGUCCCAUAUGGUAUUCUGAUCUUUGUUUAUGAUGAAAUAAGGAAACUAGGGGUGAGACGACAUCCAGGCAGCUGGUGGGAUAAGGAGUUGUAUUACUGAAGGAACAUGGGCAUUUCAUGAUUCUUGUAUUCUUAUUUAAAAGACUUUUAGUUCUGUUA